CCUAUUGAGCAUGCUCAGUAGAUAACCCCGGGAAGUGUUGGCCACACCCCUAGUUAUUAGAGACAAAAUGUCCUCCAGUAGUGCUUCUGGUGGAGAUAAUUCAAACUGGUCUAGCGUCAGUGAAGAGAGUCUCCUCCUUCAUGAGGACUUACUGCAACUAGUGGAUCACAUUCCUUUACCGGAUCAGCUUGAAACCAGUCAAACUGGUUUUACAGGACUGCCCACACUAGAUGGGAAGACCCCAGCUGAGCUGUCCCUCAUUAUUCAGAGGGAGUGUGGCUGUCAAACUGUCACCUUUAUAUCUCUACUCAAUUACAGACACAAUGCUCUACGUAAGAUAUGGAAUUACUUACGGUCUAAAGAGAAGAGCUCUUCAGGGGGUGGGGCCAACACUACUAGUUUAAAACCAGCUGCUAAAGGAGGGGAAGGGUUUGCCUCAAGAAUUAGUCUUGUACUGAUAUUUCCCAUCCUUCAUUCUCUCAGUAAAAUUGAUUCUGAACUCUCUGGGGAGACUACAAGAAUACUGUUGCAAUCCUUGAGCAGCUGUGACCCAGCGUCCCUCAGUAAGGAACCCCUUGAUUGUAUCCUUGGUCUUGAGAACCUCCUCUCCUCCUGGCUCACUGCCGCUAGAGAGAAAAGAACCGAAGGAACCGAACAGAUAAGAACUGCUGCAUCAGCACUCGUCGCUUUAGCAGUAGCUGUAGGUACAGGUGGAUUAUUAUUACGUACAGUCCAUACUCUCCAGUUGCUGGUCUCCAGCCACCCGGGGAUUUCCCUCUCACUGUCUGUCGUCUUACGGAAACUAUUCAAGGAACACGAUAACUUUGAAGAACCACCUGUAGUACUAGCAGACUCUCAUACCCAUACCAGCUGGGAGUAUCAGUAUCAGGACGAGACUAAUGAGAAUGGGGAGGAUGAAACUCAUCCUCGGUCGAUAGUCUAUGAUGGAAGGUAUGUACUUGUUAGUUCGGUUGGAGGAAAGAAAUUAUUAAAAGUUGGAAGUGGCUACUCUGGUAGCAUAAGAGGUUACCUAUAUCAGAGUGUUUCUAUUGAUCCCGGUUGGCUAGUUCAAUGUAAUGGAGUAUUGCUCUAUCGGAAGAAAUCCUUUGAUGAAAGUAGCUCCACCCACCUCUGUGUGAGACUGAGUGAAGAUCUGCACGAGUCCGGUAUAGUGUCUCAUUCCCUCUCAUUAGAAGAAGGCUACAGUACAGUCGGGUUCAUGUCUGAUGGCCACAAGUUAUACUGGAUCUAUGCACUUAAGAAUGAAUCUAAUAGCACGACAGGGACCGCUGGGGAUAAGUAUAACGUCUACUUACAAAUAUUGGAUAUUAAUGUAGAUAUUAAUGACAGCAUGGAGCUAUUGCCAUCUUGUGAGAGGAUUUUAUUAAAGAAAUCUAAAGAAGAGAAGAACAGAAUGAGACUGACCGGCUCAUCAUAUUUCAGUGGCGGAUCAGGAGGAAGAACUAAAGAUGAUACUGAGACGUCAUGUGGUCUGAGUAUGAAACAGUUAGUGAAGUCCAGUGGAUACUGCACAGGGUCCAGUUUAGUUCUGAUAUUAGCCAGCCCCCCUAGCAGCAGUGGGGGCAGUAGAUCUUUGUUUGGAUCUACGAGCACUAAUAAUAAUAAAGCGUUGUGUACAAGUUAUGGCUACAGUAUAUCAUCAGGGUAUCUUGUGUCUCAGUUUGAUUUGACUCAGUCCCCUUCUCUUACCUGCGGGUUAACCAGAGGAACAACCACAGGAUCAAUGGGUGCUAGUUACGACAGGUUCAAUCAUUGCGUGUGGUCAGUCGCUGGGGAUUGGGUCGACCUGUGGGCGUGUACUGGUCAGGUACGACCAUCCGCCCACUCACUGGCUGCUAGAAUGGGACUGACACCAAGCCACCUUCAACUACUGGAGGAUAAAGAGAACGAUGACAUCAUCGUUGAGGAUGUCAUCACGCUGUUAUUGCGUCACAGUGGAAUGGAGUCGUGCCGGUUGACCAGAGGGAAGGACAUUGGUCAACCAAUUGCCCACAACCUGUCGCUGUCAUUCCUGAAACACACCGUCACUAUAUUGAAAUACACUGUGGACAUGGAUCAGCUGGAUAAUGCUCUCAGUUGUGUCAUUACACUCCAGGCUGUUCUUCCUAAUUUUUUGAAAUCUGAUAUUUAUGAAUCAAAAGAAAAUGAUAAAUUGUUUGAUACAAUCAGGUCUUGUUGUUGGGAUUUGUUACAUAAGGAGAGUUGUUCAUCAGUUUUAGUUAAUGAGAUAUGCCAGUUGAUAAGUUCCAAUAUUCUCCGGUUGUAUCUACAGGAGGAACACCAGUCCCAGCUGCUGCUAUCGGCUCUAGCUUCCUCUUCCUCUAAGAUGAUUCACCUUAGGAACUCUGUAUUUAUUGAAUUAUCUAAAGAACUCCGCCCCUUGUCCUCCGUCCCUCCCUCCUUACUCUCACUCACUGGUCUGCUUGCUGGUCUACUUCACGAGGAACUGAACCUGGGAAUGAACCUCCUGAAAGAGGGUGGAGCUAAGGUUGCCAUGACAACACAACCGGUAUUUAGUCCAGCAGUUCAGUGUGCCAGCUCUAUACUGUACUCUAUUCUGAGGUCAAUGGAUAAAGCAGCAGCUGCUGCUGAUACUGACGGAAAUAAAGAAGAGGAACUAGAGGACUCCAGGAGAUUAUUGAUAAAGUUUAUUGAGGAAAUACAAUUGUUUGAAAUCUGUGGAAGAUUUUUAGACGGUCUCCAUUCAGUGAUAUCAACCAUUAGUGCUCCAGCGUCCUCUACUGAUGAGAGUCCCUCCAGGUCCCUGCUGGUGUCAGCCCUUGAGAAGGUUUCCAAAGGAAGUGUACUGGGAGCCUUCCUUCCGCCUCUGUUGGCUGUCAUCAGUGACCACACCUACUCAUCGUUGCCAUUAGCAACCAGACUGUUACCAUGUGUUACGGAACUUGGUAGGAAAACUGCUGAGUGUUGCAGUAUGUUAUAUUCAGAUAUGAAGGGACCCGUUACUAUACCCACCCCGUGGUCCAGUGGGAGACUCAUAGAGACAGUUCAUCCAGUGAGGGAUAAUUAUAAGUUCAAGGAGACAGUCUCUUUCCCUCGAGCUAAACACCUUUAUCUCAAGUUUGAUCCUCGCUCCUCAUCACAAUAUGAUUAUGAUAAAGUACAAGUAUUUGCUGGUAGUUCCCCUUCUUGUCCUAAAGUGGUUGAGUAUGGAGGGAACACUCACGGGUUUGGGAGCAGGAGCGUCCUGGGGAAAGGAUGGCCCAAAGAUAUUGUAAAGGUUGAUGGUGAUACUGUCACUAUUACGUUUGAGAUGAAGAGUGGGCGUGAGCACUCAACUCCUGAUAAAGCAAUGUGGGGUUUCUCUUGUAUUGUUCGUCCUCAGGAAACUGCCGAAGAAUCCUCAGGGGGACUUCCCUUCCUCAUUGAUAUCUACCUCUCACUCUCUUCUAUUAGCUGCUCUCUCAUUGGUCAGUUGUUUGUUGGAGCCCCGCCCACUUCUGAUGAGAUCAAGUGUGGAUCUUUAAUGGAGUCAUUAUUACUACAAAGAUGUGUUUGGCCUGAUACUGAAGUUGUAGAGGGCGGGUUCAGACACACCCCCACUGACCCAUCACUCAUUGUUAAACUAAGAGAAUCUAUUAAUAAACCCAGACCAGUACUGAGACCAAGGAUCAGUGACAUUCUGCAAGUUGAACUGAUGGAGGAUCUGAUUCUGAACACUUGUCUCAAACACAAUGAGAAUAAAUCAAUAUUUAAAUUCAUGAGCUCAAAAAUAAGUGAAACUGAUAAAAUAUUGUUAGACGAUAUCUUUACACGCAUCAACGGACUCGAGAGACGACUCCAGGCAUUAGCGGAGUUAGAGUCUCAUUGGUGCUCAGAUGUUGAUGAUAUUAUUAAUAAUGAGAAGGACAUGAAAACAGCUUUCUUCUUUGAUCUACAGCAGCAAGAGUCGACUGUGAAACAGUUUGAACUGUUAUGCUGUCUCUAUUCUGUGGAUAUUGUUGAUCCUUUUGGAGCUGCUACUCAACUACAAGAAUUAAUGGAGAAAGAUGUAUUACGUAGGAAAGAUAAGAAAGAUGUUGAAACAGAUAUUCAUUCAAAAACGAGAAGUCUUGUGCAAGGUAUACUAGAUCGUUCUCGGUUGUUGCUUCAAGUUAACAUUUCACAGGAAGAGGAGGGGGAGGGGCACUCAUCAGGUGUGUCUCGUUCAGUAUCAGUUCCUGCAAGUCACUUAGUGACAUCACCAACUGUAAUUAGUCGUCAAUCAAGUGAUGGUAGUUCAUUAUUAUUUGAUAACUUCACAUCCAUUAAUAAUAAUAAUAAUAAUGAGGAGAUAUUUAGAUUUAUUGGUCAUAAACCAGAAGAAGCAGUCUCAUGUGACAGUUUCCUUCUUGCUGCCAGCCAUCAGCGUAAAAGAGCUGCUGACAGGAUCUCUUCUCUAUCGUCCCUACACUCUCUCCUCACUGGACCCCAGCUACCGUCAACCAUCACUCACCUACUCUCAAUGGUUGGUGACAUCAUUAAGAAUGGUCCUCUAGUACAGGAUAUCCUCUGCAGUGGGUUGUGUAAUGAAGUCCGUUCCAAGUUCUCUGAUGUCAUAUUACUCAUAGUUCAGGAGACUCUCUCUCAUCCAGCUGCCUUUAUAAACACAAUAUCAACAUUAUCAAUAAUUCCUUACACCCGAGAGGACGAGGGACUCUUAGUUAGGACUGGUCUCCUCAAGGUCCUUAAUGAGCUUUGUAAUAUGGACACACCCCCAGUGGGUGUGGCUGAGUCCGAAGGUGAUGAGGAGAUGCUCCAGAGAGUGACGGCACUAGCUUGGGCAGCUUUCAAGGUACUUGCUGAUCGUUGUAUCUCGUGGGAGGAGUUGGGAAAUGGGCGGAGCCUUGGGUUUAUAUCGUCAGGUCUUGCACAACAAAUCUCUUCACUUCUGACCAAUCACUUUUCAAGGGCAAUGGAAACACUGAAAAACUCAGAAUCAGGUACUUCAGAGACGUUGCAGGAAGCCCUAUCAAUGCUGUUGGGUCUAGCCAGCAGUCACAUGGGACGAGCUAUACUUAGCCAGCCAGCCUGCGUCUCUAAACUCCUCCUCCUGGUGACGGACCAAAGGCCCUCCCCUAAACUAGUACUGAUAGCCUUGCAGCUCUGCCGUAUAGCACUACCUUUAAUGACUGUGGCUGAAUGCUCUCAAGUUAUCAUACCAUCUCACCCGGCACUCAGCAAUGCUAGCCACUCCCCUAAUGGCCACGCCUCCAUUAUAAUUAAACUAUUAAUGGUGAAACUAGGUGAGUAUCUGAUACCUACCCAUUCACCGGGCGGAGCCUUACAGACUGACUCCGCCCACCAAGAGAGAGAGGGAGGAGACAAUGACCCAAUACCGUUAAUGGCUCCCUCUCAACAAGAUGAGAUUGAUGAAGCAGGCCAAGCUUCAGUCUACCUCUACAGGCGCUCUGAUGAAACUGCAGCUGAAGUCCUUCAACUCUUACUGAACCAAGACCCAAGACAGCUGGCCCACAGGAUGGAGACUAUAUUGAGACUGGAUCAGGCCCUUACUGACAAUAAUAAAGCUGAAAUACUCACUGAUAAUUACAAGUCUUGUUUCCGUAAGGCUGUCCGCUGGGCCAGUAUGGGAUUCACUGUUAGUAUAGAACCAACAACUAACGGAACCAAUCAUGAACCUUCUGGUACUGAAGCAGAUCGGAAGAGGUCUAAGGCCGAAACCACUUGCAAGAAAAAGAACAUGGAAUUACUAAAGAGUGACCCACCACGUCCCUUCUUAAGUGGCACAGUAUCCUAUUCACUGGCCUCAGAGAUCAUUGGAUUAUUAAAUGGCCUCCUGGUCGGUGAGGAUGCUGUCCAGGUGUGGAGGAAUGCCAUAGAAGAUGUAUUGAGGGAAGCUCUGAGGUCAGUCCCAUUGAGUCUCCCCCAGCUGGAGGACUACUGCUCUCUAGUUCAUGAUUGUGUUAAUAAAUGUGAGACUCCUCCCAGUCCACAGCCCCACCUCCCUUCUGCUAGUAUUGCUAAUGCUUGUUUUGCUGCUCUUGGAGGGUUCAAGGAUCCACUGAGGGUUGGGUCUCUCGUCAAGGUACUAGGAGAAGGAAUUGCUGACUCAACAGGAUCUGUGGCUAGCAUAUCUGAGCAGAGGGGCGUGGCUAAUGUUAUAUUGAAUGAUAGACAUUGUUUUGGAGUCAAUAGAACUCUGGAAGUCCCUUUAACGAGACUGGUCCCCCCUGAGGUCAGUAGCCUACCUAUCAAACAGCUGGGGGUGUCCAGUGACCUCUGUCUUGCCAUUAACAGUGUCCUCUCAACAUCACCAGUGACCAUAGACUCUCCCCACAGCGGAAUGAACCCUGGUACAAUGGGCCUGGGAUUAGUUCGACUCUACUCUGAGCUGAGGGCAAGAGCUUGCCUGUGUUUAGCUGCUCAAUGUAGGGAGAGUGAUGAGUUUAAGAAAUUAUUUAUAAGUAAUAAUAAUGAUGAUAAUCUGUCACAAUUGAGGAGACAUGUAGAAACUAUUAAACCAGGCCAGAGACUGUCAGUAGUUGAGUCUCAGUGUUUGAGUCUCAGAAUGUUGUACAGAGACUGUUCUCGUCCUCCUCCUCCGAAGAUUGAGAGACCAAGAAUUGAACGUAAAAGGUUCUUCCUUGAUAUAACAAGACAAUGGCCUCCAGUCACUCAUUCUAGCUUCUCUCAUAAUCUCACGUGGCUUGUGUAUCAAGGGCCCACCACUUCAGGUGGGGGCGGGGCUGAUGCUGAUAGACAGGACAAACCAAAGGGAGUGUUCAUUGUCACUAACAAUCCGAUACCUAAUCACGCUCCUUCCUUUUACUAUGAGGUUGAAGUGGUUCAGUUGGACUCAGGAACUUCCUCUCCUCAUUUGUCCUUUGGGCUCUGUCCUUCUCCUGAGAAACCCUCCGAUAAUGAAGGGGCGUGGUCUUACCCACAGGAGACCUGCCUCUUUAGAAAUUCUGGGCGUGGCUUUCAAGUCCGUGGUGUUGAUCGAAUGCAGUGGCCAAAGAUCAGUACAGAGUACCUCGUUAAGAAUGGAGAUAUUGUUGGGUGUGGCUGGAUUAAAGAGGACACACCCCCUGCUAGAGGUGUUGUCUAUUUUACUGUCAAUGGAAACAAGUUAGAGCAAUCCUUUAAAGACUGUCCUUCAGGACUCUACCCUUUUGUACAUGUGCAGAAAAAGGGAACUAGAUUAAAGUUGAAUUUUGGUGAGUAUUCAUUUUCAUAUGCUGAAGGACAGGAUCACAGAGAUGCAGCUGAUAUUGAUAAAGGAGAAUCACUUGAAGAGAUUGUAGCAUUAUUCAAACUCCUCCCAUUCCAUCCCAUUGACGAGGAGGAGGAGCUUGAGGGUGUGGCUCGUGAUAAUGUUGAUAAUGAAGUACCUAAUGAUGAAACUGAUUCUGUGAAACAUACUCCACUGAUACUGGUACCAAACACUGUGGUACUGGAACCAGUUACGAACGAAGUGUACGACUCUAAGUCGAGUCAAGGUUUCAUUCCUCGUUUGAGUUUUGAUAAUAUACUGGAGGGGGGCCCCCUCAUCAGGCCAGGGGGUGUGGCCAAUCAAGAGGAGGAGGAGCUUGAAGAAGGCGGGGCUGUAGAAGGUGUGGCUGGAGAUGAGGACUUGCAUUUAUUACUAGUGAAGGCCUGGGAGGCUAAAGUGUUUCCACUGAUCCAGCGAAGGUUCAGGAACGACCAGGAGAGGAAGUCUGGACUAGAUCAAAUUAGAGGAGCUUUGCAACUAGGAAUGGAGAGUAUAGCUCAGGAAACUGUUGAGUUUCUUUAUGAAGAAAAUGGAGGACUACCUCGUGAUCUUCACCUGCCGUCAAUGGAUGAUGUGAAAGCUGAUUUAGAGAAAUUCACCAUCAACAGAAUCAAGAAGGGAUCAGCAGUGGUGAUACAGAAAGAGGUGCCUUACACUCGCUGUGGAGUGAGAGCAAUGCAGAAAACACAAGGACUCACAGGUGUGGUCCUAUCAGUUGACAGUCUCAAUGAGUUAGUUCAAGUUGAGUGCUACGUGCCCAGUGAUGGAGCAUUGGUUCGGUUCUGGUACCCUGUCAUAUACCUUGAGAAACCUCCUAAAGGUUAUAGGAAACCCUCGGCUUUAAGAGGAGCUGAUAGCGUCAGUAUACUGGUACACAGGGAACUACUGAAUAAUGAAGGGACUUUGGCUGGACUAUACUGCAGAUCAGCACUGCUCUCACUACAGUCAGUGUCACAGUCUCUCUCCUUUCCUUUGUACAUCAGUUUAUAUUCUCAAGAGAAUUACUCACAGCCAUCAGUAGAGGGGCUCUCUGUCUCCUCCUCUCCUUCCCUCUCUCCCUCUCUCUCUCACUCCUUGCUCUCCUCUCAUCAGCCUCAGUUUUAUUCUGACCCUGCCCUGGUGGAGAGGGAACUGUUGUCAUGGUUACGGGAUCAUUCAGUUGAUGUCCAGCCACUAUUGGUGAGGCUAAGUGAAGGAGUGUCUGGAUCCUCUGGGGGCAAUGGGAGGGCAGAGUUCCUGGUACCGGAGGGACGGGAGACUACUGAUGUAUAUUGUCCUGGGGCCGCAUUUUUAAUAGUGUCAUCCAGUCAUGUUAAACCAGGCAAUAAAAUAAAUUCUAAUUAUAAGUACCCUUGGUGUAAGGUAUUCACGUACAGAAGUGGUCAGGGACGUGGUGGUAGACUCCUCCCACAGGAGGUGUCCCGAUAUCCCAACGAGAUACCCCAACAGACAGUGAACCAGCAAUACUCUGGUCCUCUCUACCCUACUCUAGUGGUGCCAUCAGACCGACUUCAUAUCAAACUCAUAGGCUCCACCCCUCACCCAGGUCAAAAGAUACUAGUCCACAGUGUACCCACUGCUGUCCCUCUCCUCCUCUCUCUCUCUCACUCUCUCUCUCUUCAUUUUGACUCCUCCAAUAAGAAUGACCCCCGAUAUUUGUCAUCUUGUGUACAACCACUGGUGAAGCUACUCGCUAAAUCUGAUUGGCCGCUUGUGAUGCGUGGGCGGAUUAACCACACCCUCUCCAACGUACUGUGGACACUAUCUGACUCUGUGACAGACCAUACCCACUUACCGCUGUUGCCUAGCGACCUGUUACCAUCGUUACUCCAAGAGGUUGAACAAUGGUACACUGAAGAAUGUGACUCAUUUACCAAUGGCAGCAGCAGCACCAGUAAUGGUAAUGGUGGCACUGGUUCUAGUGAUGAUGGUAAAUCUAAAGGAGCUCCCUUCCCUCCCUCUGGGUCCAUUGCUAGUGGCAGGUCGGGUCGGUUCAGCUGCUACUUACAAUCAAUCCUUGAGCUAGUCCUGGCCCUCAGGCAGUACAAUGGAGGACUAGUUCAAACCACACCCACUAAUGGAGCCUCAAAGUCUGGCAGUAAAAAGUUUAAGAAGUUUCAUUGGAUUGACUACGUAUCAAGAGCAGUUGACGUCCUGUUUGCUUUGAGAGGAAAAAAGGAACUCAAUCCUGAUUUUUAUAAAUGUUUUUACAAGUCGCUGCCGUCAAAAUGUCACACCUCUCUUCUGGUGUUGACCGGAAUAAACUCCGCCCUCCAGGGUGAGGUUGCCAUGGAAACAAUAAGGAGGGUGUGCAGUGGUUAUGGUGGACUGGUUGAUCUUUACCUUCCGCUGAGAGACAUGAGCAGAGAAGAGAGAGAAGAGGAACAGCGAAUUAAACUGGAGGAACUAGCUAAAGAAUCAACUAACCAACAGGCCACACCUGUAACCACACCUACCUCAUCUGACGAAGCUGUAUCUGACACUGCUGAGCGACCAGAACCUGCCGAAAAAAAGAACUCGUUACAAGGGGAGCGGCCUAAGCUGUUAGCUUCACCCGCUUCAUUAGAACCACCCAAACAGGUCCCAGUGGGCGGGGCUGUAUUGAGGAUAGGGUGUGGUCAUAAAUCAUCAGGACUAUGUACUAGUUUAUUGUCAUGCCUAGCGCUGCAAGGUAACAAGAAGAGACUCUCAGUUUAUUGUGUGUCUGAGGGUUUUCAAUGCGGAGAAGAAGAGUCUGCCAAUGAAAUAUUGAGGAAGUACCUGAGGAACAAGCUAUACAAUGGAGAUGGAGUCUCAUUUACCAGUGACCUCUCCUCUUGUCUCUCUGUUGUAUUCAACUCUCUUGGCCCUCAAGUACUCCAGACUUCAUUGACUGGAAAUGGAGCGACCGAGUCACUGUUACGGUUAUUCAUAGUUGGGUGUGGUUCUGGCCACACCCUCAAGGAGGCAGUGGCUCAGUUGUGGGAGAGUAAGAGUAAAGACUCGUCCAUCAGUGAGGCCGACCUCGUCCAGUGGACCGAGAGACAAGAACCAGUCCAUAUAUGGAAGGGACUGACAGCUGCUGGUUAUGACCUGGACUUUAACAGGUGUGGUUUUCUACCCUUAGAAGGUGUGUCCUCUUGUCCCCCUGACUCCGCCCUUGACUCCGCCCUAGCGUUACACGUUGAUUCAAAGUGUCGUUCGUUGGAUAUCAUCUCUUCUUUGUUGUUGCCAAGUGAACUCCAUGUAUCGGAUGCUGAACUAACAGCUGGUCAUCUUGUACCUUUACAAAAAUUAUCAAUAAACGAGAUUAGGAUGAGAUUCAUUGCUUUAAAGAACAUCAACCGACAGUUGUCAUGGUUACUGCCUCUAGUAAACUUGAACUCCACCCACCCCUCAUCCCUGGGGUGUCUCCUAACCAGAGCAGCAAGUUACAUGUUUUAUGAUGUAAAGAACACGUUCCUCCAUUGUGUACUGAACGCUGCUACCAGAAGGACACUGGAUCAGGCACCACCUGAAAUAAAGAUGGACCCUCUUGAGAGCGUUGGAGGUUUGCCGUCCACUUUAUUGAAGACCCAGUUCUGUCAAGCAGCCAAUCAAAUGUUGUCAGUACCUUCCUCUCAACUGUGUGUACCUCUAGCCAGUGGAGGUGAUCCAACUUACGCAUUCAACGUAAAACUAUCAGGAGAAGAAGUGCACGGGACAAGUGGUUCAUUCCGCCACUUCCUCUGGCAGGUAGUGAGAGAGUUAGAGUCUCCAUUAGUUCCUGUACUGAUCCAGUGCCCCAGCAGUGCCAGUGGUAUCAAUAAAGGAAAGUUUAUACUCAGCACAGGAAGUAUGAGCUACUCCGAAGAGAAACUCCUUUUCUUUUUUGGACAGCUUUUAGGAGUGUCUCUAAGAGCUGAUGUACCAGUAGCUCUUGAUCUGCUGGUGUGUUUCUGGAAGAGUUUGAAAGAAGAGCCAUUGUCACUAGUUGAUCUUAAAGAAGCUGAUAGUGUCACCUAUUCACUUACUCAAGAAAUACUUGAAGCUAAGGAUGAAACUAGUUUUAAUGAAAUUAUUAGCUCUUUAUGUCAAGAUACUGAUACCCAUACUGCAGGAACUGAUACUCAUGCUGUUGGAACUGAUACCACCCAUACUACAGGAACUGAUACCCAUACUGCUAGUCUGACGUUUACUUAUCGUAACUUGAGGGGAGAUCAGGAACCACUUGAGAAAGAUGGGGACCAUAAACUAGUGACGUUUGAUAACAGAGGUGAAUAUGUUGAUAAAGUAAGGUCCUUUAGGCUCCGUGAGAUUGAGUCAGUAGAUAGAAUGAGGGCAGUGAGGUGUGGUCUGUCAUCAGUGGUACCAAUGGAGGCUCUCACUGUGUUCACUGCUACUGACCUUGACCUCAGGAUAUGUGGAAUACCUCACGUUGAUAUAAAUUAUUUAAAAAUGCACACGACUUAUCAUGUUGGUCUUAUGGAAUCUGACCGACACAUCCAGUACUUCUGGACUGCACUAGAGUCGUUAUCACAAGAAGAGUUGAGGAAGUUUAUUAAGUUUGCAUGU